UAUAGAUCGCCGUCGCUACUUCGCCGCGGAUUCUUCACCGGACUCAGUAGAUCUACCUUCUCACAUCCUCGAUCCGAUUGAUUCGUUGUUCGAAUCGGGAACCAAAUGGUGUAUCACUCGAGCUUCGUGGAAGAAGAAGGAAUAACAAAGGCAUGUGGCUGUCCUUUGCUUCCUCUUAAGAGCCACAUCAAGGGUCCUGCACCUGUUUCAGAACAAGGUAUAUUCAUAUCAAAAAUCAUCUUCGAGAGCAGUAAACAAAAGUUCAUUUUCAUGUUUGUUUGUUUUAUAUACGCAGACAAAACUGAUAUUGUGGACGAGGCAAUCACGUUUUUCCGCGCUAAUGUCUUCUUCACUAACUUCCCUAUCAAAAGCCCUGCUGAUAAGCUCCUUAUCUACUUGACUUUCUACAUAAACGUGGCGUUGAAGAGGCUCGAAGGGUGUAGAACAUUGGCUGUGGGAACUAAGGCGAUUAUCAACUUGGGUUUGGAGGAGGUUUCUGUUCCUGGGGAAACUGGGUUUCCUUUUCCAGGUCUCUUUUCGCUUCCUUCGUCUCAGGAAGAAGCAGAUCUUUUUAGGAACUAUUUGAAGCAGGUUCGCGAGGAGACUAGUGGGAGGCUACUGAGUGUAGCGUAUAGAGCUAAUGGGACACCAAACAAAUGGUGGCUUGCAUUCGCUAAGAGGAAGUUCAUCAACGUGGUUCUCCUCUAAUCAACAGAUUAUCCAUUAAAGCCCAUUACAAAUGAAGGGUUCCCAUACCUUUAGCUUCCUCUGCAUAGGUGCGCUUAAUCUUCAGAACCAGGAAUACGACAAUUUUAUAUGAGAGAAGAAAGCUUUCUCUCUGGGUUUCUCUAUAUACAUAUAUAUACGUAAGAAUGUGUGACAGACUGAGUAUUUUAUACGACUGUUUGGUGAUACAAAGAUCAUAGUUAAUGAGAAGAUUCGUUUGUUAUUACUUUAGAUUAGUAGAGUUCAUGUCCAAAGUAUUAUCAGAAUAUACACAACUGUGUCUGAACCUAAUUAAGCCCUG